AUGAGGAGCCCGCACAGCUCGCCCCAGACGCAGAAAAUGAGGAGCCCGCACAGACCCCCCAGCUCGCCCCAGACGCAGAAAAUGAGGAGCCCGCACAGCCCCCCCAGCUCGCCCCAGACGUCAAACUCAGGAGAAAAAGGGGCAAGAAAAGGAAGAAGGAGGAAGGGCCCAUCACCACACAGCUCCAGCUCGCCCCAGACGCAGAAAAGGACCCGCGCAGCCCCCCAGCUCGCCCCAGACGCAGAAAAUGAGGAGCCCGCACAGACCCCCCAGCUCGCCCCAGACGCAGAAAAUGAGGAGCCCGCACAGCCCCCCAGCUCGCCCCAGACGCAGAAAAUGAGGAGCCCGCACACCCCCAGCUCGCCCCAGACGCAGAAAAGGAGGAACCCGCGCAGCCCCCCCAGCUCGCCCCAGAAGAAAGGAGGAACCCGCACAGACCCCCCAGCUCGCCCCAGACGCAGAAAAGGAGGAACCAGCACAGACCCCCCAGCUCGCCCCAGACGUCAAGCUCAUGAGAAAAAGGAGCAAGAAAAGGAAGGAGGAAGGGUCCACCACCACGCAGUAGCAGCCGGCGCAGGCUCGGGAGGGGGCGGGAUGGAGACCCCUCCCCACCACAACCCUCGCCCGCACGGGCCCGCCGCCGCCGCCGCCGCGUCUGGCCCGGCGACCUUCCUUUUGGCCGCAGCCAGUGGGAAUGUUGCCACCUCGGGUUCAUCCCUUUUUCCAGUUCUCCACUUUCUUUCCAACCCUCGCCAGCCCGCGUCAUGCCCGGCUACCGUUUGA